AUGGUUUCCUUUUUUAUUGUUCUGUCUUCUUCUAUAUUAUUUUCAGUCGUAAAUUCUCAAAUUCUAUCUCAAAUCUUCGGAGAAAAUUCGAAUCUUGGAGGGAUUAUUAAUAAUUUUGCGUCGGGAAUCAAGAGAGGAAUUGGGUUGAAUGAUGAAGAUGUGAUUGGAGAUUUGCAAAGAGUUUCGAGUCAAUCGGAAUGGUCAGGAAAAGCAAGGGAUUUUUGUAGAAGGUUUCCACAACAUCAAAAGUGUCGAAAUGGACAGCUUCCAGAUUUCAAUGAUCUUCCACAAAUCAUCAGUUCUGUGAUCUACGAAGCGGGACGUUUAUUACCACAAGUUCCAAACAUCAAUAUUCAAGAUCCAUUAACCGGUUUACUCCCCGAACUCGUUGGAUUCAUUCAUAAUCUACAGGAACAAUUUGGACAAAUCAGAGAGCAAGAUCGAAUGGAGAUUGCAAGAAGUUGUCGGAAUUUUAAUUGUGCACAACAAGCUGUGAAAAAUGUUGAGACAAAGAAGCAAAUAUUUCAGAAGAUUACAGAAUUUCACAAUGAAAAGGGAUUAUCGAGCGAGAAAAUUAAUUUGCAAUUUGAUAGAACUCUUCAAGUUAAACAAAGUUUAUUGAAAAGGGCAAACCUGAAGGGGGUGAGUUUUAUAAUAUUUGGCGGAACUAUCAUCCAUUUCCAGGUUGUUGCUGCUGCUGAUGAUGGAAUUUUCGACAAAGACAUCUUGCUUUCUGAACAUCAAUCAAAUUUUUUGCUCAAUGAACUUGGAGAGGCAUCUCAAGGUUCUAGAAGAAGAGCCCCAAGAUCUGGAAUUUUCUUCCAGCACAAUGAAACAACUCCGAUUAAAAAAUGGGAUAUUUGGAAACCGAUUCAAUAUACAUUUGAUGAUUCUCUCGAAGAAUCAGAAAAACAAGAUGUUCGAAAUGCUUUACACGCAAUAUCGAUUAAAACUUGUAUACUGUUUCGAUAUAACGCAAAUCCGCAAGGAAAUCAUUUGAAAUAUUAUAAAGUUGAUAGUUCAACGUUUUGUGGAUUGUCAUAUAUUGGAAAGAUGGAUCCAGCGAAUCCAAUUUAUUUGAGUUUUCAAUGCGGUGAUAAUCGAGGAGUUGCGAUCCAUGAAACAAUGCAUGCUUUGGGGGUAAAUCAUCAACAUUUGAGAAUUGAUCGUGAUAAAUUCAUAAAGGUGAGGGAAAUUAGGAUAUAAGUUUCCAAACUUUAUGAAUUUAUCUCAAAAUUCAACAUUUCAGAUAGAUUGGUCGAAUAUAAAUCCUCAACAUUACGACGCUUUUGCAAUCUCAGAUGCAAAACUCUACACAUCUUAUGGAACAAAUUAUGCGUAUGACAGUAUAAUGCAUUAUGAUGCUUAUUUAGCAGCAAUAAAUCCAUCAAAACCAACAAUGAUUCCUCUCAAAAACCCAUCGCAAAACACGAAAAAAUUGGGGCAACGUAAAACUUUGAGUUGGCCGGACAUCAAACUUCUCAAGAAAAUGUAUUGUCGAAUCGGAUGUGAUGAUAAAAAUGUGCAUUGCGGAACGUGGGCUCUCAAUGGGUUUUGCAGGCAGGCGAAGACUCAAAAAUGGAUGCAUGAGAAUUGUAUGGCGAGUUGUGAUAAGUGUUGA